UGUUCCUCCCUUAAUUUCAGAGAACAAGUUUCACACCCAUACAGAACCAAUCCUGAUGGUCACCUCCAUGAUAACCCAAACUCUCACAUGAGAGAUUUGUGAUUUGCUAGGCAGAUUGAGAGAGAUAAAAAAUUUUGAUUUGUGACUUAUGUUUACAACCAUUUUAAAUUUAAUGACCUAUCCCUCCCCUUUUAUUUAAGCUGUAAUUUAUAAUUUGAAAAAUUCUGCUUAAUUGUGGCUGAACUAUACAUACAGGUUCAAAAGAAUGUAGAUUCAUUUUAAUGACUUGGGCUUACUGAUAUGAAAACAGACCCCUUACAUGAGAGAUAAGACUUCAGGUGAUAAGAAGUGUGAUAUCAAGCAAUAUUAUCUACUGUGCAUGUUAAUCUGUGUAAAAUAAAGGUUAUCAGACAGAGAUAAGAUUCUUCGCCUCCAGAACACAAAUGUAUUGACUAAUUUUUGGUACUGUUAUAAGAAAACGCCAGGCAACAAAUUAUAAUGAAGGCACUGUAAAAUGGGUAGAUCAUACUUCAGACUGCAUGAUACUGAUUAUAAGCUCUAUCUGCCUUAAUCUCAUCAGAUAUAAGGUCUCCUGUGUGGCUACAAUUUCAAGAGUUGCAGGUCUAGUUGUGGAGUGUCAUUUGAAAUAUAUUCUAUGAUUAGCAUUCAAAUAUGUGAGGACAAAGUAAUUGUUAAAUGUCUUUACAAGUGAAACGAAAAUAUUUCCUGUUAAACGUGAUAGUAGUGAAAGAAUACAGAAGAUAUUUUAGGUUUUAAAAUGGCUGCAACUGCAAACAGUGUGCCAGAAGAAGUAGAUGGCAAUCAGGAGAUCCUCAGUGCCCAGAAUUUGGAUUACUCAGGAGGUGCUAGAAUUUUGGGAUCUGGUAUAAAUGAAAACCAAAAUAGUGGUCAUCGGUCAGCAGCUACUCAAUACAUAGAGUACCUGGAUCUGCCAGUCUUCACACAACAGACUAUCAUCACAGCUCAGCCAGGCACAGAUGUUAACCGGAAUCGACGGCCCAUCCCAAUAUCAACAAUGGACUGGCGCUCAACAACUGUAAAUCACAUGGUGCCACCUUCUGGCUUGGACUUCCUUCGAGGUGUUAAUGAACUUUAUAUUCAACAGACAGUUGAACUUGUUGACAUCCUGGCAUAUGUGGAGUCAGAGAACAGGUUUGAAGUGAAGGUACCACAGGGCGAAACACUGUACGUAGCAGCAGAGAGUUCCAGUAAAACACAGCGCAUGUGUUGUGCUUCUAAUCGGGGCUUUGAGAUGAGACUCUUUGACCACAGUCGGCAGGAAGCUAUCCGAUUCAACAGGAAAUUGGCUUGCAGUAGCUGGCUUUUUGGUUGCUGCCUUCAGGAGCUAGAAGUGUACUCUGACAUGGAUUCAUAUACAGGCAGCGUGAUACAGGAAUGGACUGUGGCAGCUCCUUUAUUCCAGCUGAGGAACUCAAGUGGACAACUUAUUUAUCGCAUGAAGGGUCCUGCAUCUGCCAACACUUGUUGUGGAAGUAAUUACCAGGCUAAAUUUGAUGUUCUGUCUCCUGACUGUACAAAUAAUUUGGGAAGUAUCACGCAUGGUUGGGACAGCAUGUCAUCUGGCUACAAUCUAACUGUGACAUUUCCUACCACUGAGGUGAAUACUGAAAUGAAGGCUGUGAUACUUGGAGCUGCAUUUCUUUUGGAGUAUAUGUACUUUGAGACAUCAAAAAGAAGAGGCAUAAUUUCUGCUUUAACAUGCAGGAAUUGUUGAAAAUGAAAACCACGAAUUUAACGUUUUACUAACUUCCUCAACAUUUUGUUCUGCUGCAUAUUCAGACCUCUAAAACCAUUUAUCAUAACUUACCAUACCCAUGAUGGCAGUAGUAGUACUACCACAACAUGUUUAAGACCACUUACCAAUAUACCAGGAAACAGUCACAGACUUGUAAGGAGUGGAAAGGUGUAAUCUCUACAUGAACGCUCACAGUUUUCAUCUGUCAUCUUUGCACCUUGGUAUUCUGAAUGCAUAUACUGUACCUGAUUCAAGUAUCUUUGAUAAAUAUGAUGACAUUUUCAAUUACAACUUUAAAUUAAUUUCUUACAUGGUUUGCCUUUCACUGAUAUGAAACCUUCUGAAUGCCAUUAAUACAUAUUCAUAUUAGUAAAAGCUUCUAAAUUAAUUAUUCUACUAUACAAUUUUUAAAUCAGAUGUAUGUCACACUAAAUUUUAAGGUAUUGUUAGUUGAAUGAUGUAUAGAUUACACAUUCCCCUCAAAAAGUAUUCAUAUUUAAAUGCACAUACAUUUUUUAAAGAUAAAAAUUUCAUUACUAUGGUUGCUUUCAUCACUAUAUAUACUGUGGUUACUACCAUCACCAACAGGGGGCAUGCAGUAGUGUAGUUGGUUGAGACACUAUGCUACAAGCCAGAAGGUCAUGGGUUUGAG